AUGAACGCGGCAUUAUUAGGCAGAAUACCCCAGGAGGGUACCGGCACCUGCGGUGCAGGAGAAUCCCUCCCGCAGCGCCUGCGCUGCGGGAGGGAUUCUCCUGCACUUAGUAUAUCGCCGAAAAUCGGAAUCCUCGGAGUUGAAAUCUCGAGUGACGUUCAAUUCCGCAGUCAUUUGGAAGCGAAGGCUAAAUUAGCCUCGAAAAAGCUUGGUGUGCUCAGCAGAUCGAGACAGUACUUCAAGCCGGCCCACCGACUUCAGCUGUACAAGGCUCAGGUGCGACCGCAUAUGGAGUACUGUUCUCAUCUCUGGGCCGGAGCCCCACAGUAUCAACUCCUUCCUCUUGACCGCAUCCAACGUCGAGCAGCUCGAAUUGUCGAUGACCGUAGGCUUUCCGAUAGGCUCGAUCCUCUAUGA